AUGUCGCUGGAAGAAGUCAAGCAGCAGCGCUUACUAACCCGGAAAAACAUGUCCCGCAUAAGGACAAUAGUGGAGACAAGCGAAAGUAAAACUGGAAAAAUACUUUCGCCCAUCGAACUCAAGUGUCGACUCGGAAUUUUAGAUUCCUAUUUUAAGCAGGGGUUGGGCUAUCAAACGCAAAUCGAGAAGCUCGAUCCAGAAGACAAUGGUCGGGGUGACCUGGAAGACCUCUACGUCACCAUCCGUUCAAACAUCCAAAUGCAGCUCGGUGAAGAUGAACACAACUCAACGUUCCGUGAAUCAACAGCAGCAAUUCCUGUUUCGCAUUCAAAAAUACCAGCAUUAAAAUUACCCGUAUUCUGUGGAAGAUACUCAGAAUAUAAAAAUUUCAUCGCAUCAUUCAUGCACGUCAUCGGAAAUGAGUCAUCGCUGUCUAAUAUUGAGAAGUUCAACCAUCUCCUCAAUUGUUUACAAGGACAGGCCUUGGAGACUGUGAAGGCGUUCCAAAUCACCAGCGAGAACUACUCAAAGGCAUUAGACAGAUUAAAGUCCCGUUACGACAAUAGCACGCUCAUCUUCAUGGAAACCAUCAAGUCGUUAUUCGAGCUGCCUUCUGCUGCAAAAGGUGGUACUUCUCAGUUACAAAGUUUGGUCAACAACGUGUCUGCACUUUAUAGUUCCCUGUUGCCAAUCGGCUCUCAUAAAAACAUUUCGCAUUUACUGCUCAUUCACCUUGUAAUGAACAAGGUUGAUGAAGAAACGCAAAACAAGUGGAAGGAGUCGUUAGACUUCACAUCGCUACCAUCUUGGGAACAGUGCGCAAAGGUUCUUGAACGACGCUGUCAGUUUUUAGAGUCAGCAUCGGGCUCCCUCUCGUUUGGUGAUUCUGGAAAAUCCAGCUACAAACAGGAAAACAGGAAUAAGCCGCCACGUAAGGGCUAUUCGUUUUCAUGUACAAAUCGCUCUUGCGCAUUAUGUUCUAAUUCAGACCACUUGAUUGGCAGUUGCUCUCGCUUCAAGCAAAUGGAGAUUGCUGACCGCUUCAAAGAGGUUAAAAGAUGUAAACAUUGUGCUCGUUCUCAUCACAGCCUACUUCAUCGUGCUCCUACUUCAAACAAAAUGCAGUCAGUAUCGCUUCCUACAUCAUCACUUGAGCAACCAACGCAACCUGUAAGUACUGCAGCUGCGCACACACAUCAAGAAAAAUCGCCACAAGACCAAGUCAUACUAGCAACUGCAGUGGUACUCAUCCGAGAUGCGUCUGGCUGUUUUCAGUUGGGUAGAGCGCUACUCGACUCCUGCUCCCAAGUAAAUUUUAUUACCGAGGAGUUUUCCCGAAAAUUACGCCUCCCAAGGGAAAGGCACCACGCUGAAAUCCAGAGCAUUGGGGACUCGGUAACAAACAUCAAACACAAGACAUCUGCCACUGUCAAAUCUCGAAUGUGUGACUAUGAGACACCAUUAUCGUUCCAUGUUACCUCGCAAAUCGCUUAUCAGCCAGAGGCUGAAUUUAAUAUCACAUCUUGGAACUUGCCGGCUAACAUUGAACUCGCCGACGAAAAUUUCUUCAAGCCAACACGUGUAGACCUACUCAUCGGCACAGAAAUCUUUUUCGACAUCCUGUCUAUUGGGCAAAUAAAGUUAGCACCUGGGUUACCGUCACUACAGAAGACUUUAUUAGGUUGGGUCGUCUCUGGCCGAUAUCAACGACCUAUAGAGAAUUCAUCAUCAAUUUGCCUACUUUCGGUUGAGGAAUCAGUGGAUGCCAAUUUGCAACGGAAGCUGGAUGAACCAUCAAAGGCAGACAUGUGGACCACUGAGCAAAGGAAUUGUGAACAAAGUUACAUGCAAACCGUGCAGAGAAACAUCGAGGGGAGAGUUGUUGUCAAGCUACCGUUUAAAGAGGCCCCUCAUUGUCUUGGCCAGUCGUACGCAACUGCACUUCGAAGAUUUAUUGCUCAGGAGCGGCGUAUAACGCGCUGUCCUGACCUUCACCAACGAUACAUCGCAUUUAUGGAAGGGUAUUCCCGCCUUGGGCAUAUGAGCGUCGUUAAAAAGGUGGAUUUCGAUAAUCCACAUUACUAUGUGCCUCAUCAUUAUGUCCUGAAGCCAACUAGCACAACAACUAAGCUCAGGGUAGUAUUCGACGCCUCCUGCAAGAGUACAACCCAAAGAUCACUCAACGAUAUUCUUGCUGAGGGGCCUACUCUGCAGAACGAUCUAUACAUCUUGCUACUACGGUUUCGAUUAUAUCGUUACACACUUACUGCUGACAUCGUAAAGAUGUAUAGACAAAUUUUGGUGGAUAAGAACGAUCGCAAAUUCCAAUACAUCUUAUGGAGAAGUACGCCCCACGAUGAAAUACGCACUUACCAGUUAAACACGGUAACAUAUGGUACGGCGUCCGCUCCUUAUCUCGCUGUACAGAGCCUAAACUACAUUGCUGAUGCAUACGAAUCGGAGUAUGCGCUCGGUUCCAGUACAAUUAAAACGUCAUUCUACGUUGAUGAUCUUUUAUGCGGUGCCGAUACCCUGGCAGAGCUAUCGCGAAUCAAAUACGAAGUCACGGAGAUACUGAGGCGUGGUUGUUUCCCCUUGGCGAAGUGGCAUUCAAACCACACUAAAUUUCGAGAAGACGACACCAUGAAAGAUUUAAAUAUCGACGAAAGUUUUACAACGAGCACUUUAGGUAUAAAAUGGGAUCAAAUACGAGAUAUUUUCUUAUUUUCUUUUCAGUCGAAACAACCUGUGAAUGGACGUGGAACUAAGAGAUCAAUCUUAUCUAUUGCAUCAGCGCUUUUCGAUCUUUUGGGACUUCUCGCUCCGGUUAUUAUUACUGCAAAGAUCAUACUACAAGAAAUAUGGCUUUUCAAGCUGAAUUGGGACGAGUCGGUGCCGCAGAACCUACAAACGGCAUGGGAACGAUUUCUCAAGGACAUAGCUCAUCUGAGUACGCUCUCAGUUCCAAGGUAUUCUGGAUCAACAAAUCACAACUCUUUACAAAUUCAUGGGUUUUGUGACUCGUCCAUUCGAGCCUAUGGCUGUGCUAUUUAUCUUCGCUCGAAAUCAACAGAAGGCAAACCUACUGUCACCCUUUUGACUGCCAAGUCGCGUGUAGCUCCAAUUAAGAAGCAAUCGUUACCUAAACUCGAGUUGUGUGGCGCCUUGCUGUUGGCACGUCUACUAGCAAAAAUAAAACCUCUAUUCAACGCCAACACCACUGUGUUUCUGUGGACUGAUUCACAAAUUGUGCUACAUUGGCUUGAACUGCACUCAGCUACCCUAUCAACAUUCGUCGGUAAUCGAGUGUCAGAGAUUCAAGAUCUCACAGCAGAUGCAAGUUGGCGGCAUGUCCCAACAAAGUGCAACCCGGCUAAUAUCGUGUCACGAGGCUGUACUGCACUUGAACUAAACAAUUCAAUUUGGUUUUCAGGACCAUCAUUCCUACAACUUGAACCCGAAAACUGGCCCAGCAAUCAAUGUGGCCAACUCGAUAUGGAAGAAGUUUCUCGAGAAAAACGUAAGUCAGCUUUUAAAGCAGUCAUCGAAGAAAACUACAUUUUGAAGGUGCUUGAGAGAAACAGUACAUACAAUCAUUGCUUACGAGUUGUAGCCUGGCUAUUUCGUUUUCAUCAAUUAACAAGCAGGCCGCUUGAAACUCACCUAGACAAAGGAACUCUAUCACCUCAAGAUUUGAAGCAAGCGCUGUGGUGCAUUGUUUGGAAUGUGCAACAACAGCACUUCGCUGACGAAAUACGGCUGAUCAACCAAAACAAAACAAUAUCUGGGCAACUUAAAUUUCUCAACCCGUUUCUGCAGAUUCAUGGUGGUUUUCGUCUACUGCUAAUAUAG